GUCUUCGGAAUAAAUACACGAAAAUAAAGCAAGGCAGUCCGAUCUUAGUGUACCCAUCCAAGUAGUGCGUAGAUCUUGCUCCUUUGGCGUAUUUUUGGCCGAUGGGGAAGCAAGAGUUUCUUCUUCCGGCUCGGCCCCAGGCGACAUCAGCCGAUAAACGCCCCAAAUGGAAUACAAUUGUUCUUUUGGCUUCGGUCUCAGCCCUACUCUGGAAGGGCUUUCGCCAUGUCGAUGUCAAGUUACUUGAUAGCCCAACGACUGCUCCAAUUUGCCCUCAAGUCCCGGCAUUGUCGCCCCAAACUCACAAGCAUCUUCUUGCUGAUAUCGAGAGCGAGUAUGUCACUGAUGAUUUCAAGUCGCGAGUCGUGGAAUGGCUUGGAGGAGCUAUCCAAAUUCCAACCCAGAUCUACGAUGACAUGAAAGACGUAGGGAAUGAUUCUCGAUGGGACAACUUUGGGAAAUUCCACAGCUACUUGGAGGAUGCGUUCCCUCUUGUACACGAUCGACUCGAAGUUACAAAAAUUAAUACAUACGGGCUUGUUUAUCGUUGGGAAGGUUCUGAUGCGUCCUUGAAGCCCCUUCUACUUAUGGCGCACCAAGAUGUAGUUCCAGUGCAAGAAGAUACUCUCUCUCAAUGGGUUAAUCCACCCUUUUCUGGCUAUUUCGAUGGAGAGUUUCUGUGGGGACGGGGGACUUGCGACGACAAACACGGACUGAUUGGGAUCUUGGUUACUUUGGAGACUUUACUUAAGCAUGGAUACAAGCCUACCCGGACAAUCUUCCUUGCCUCUGGGUUCGACGAGGAAAUUAGUGGACAUUUUGGUGCGCGGCGUAUUGCCAACCAUUUUCUCUCCACAUAUGGGGAAAACUAUUUUGCGAUGCUUGUAGAUGAAGGACCCACACUAACAAAAGCGUUUGGAGCUCGAGUUGCUGCACUGGGAGUCUCGGAGAAGGGUUAUGCCAACGUACAAGUCUCUGUUGCCAGCCCUGGCGGCCAUUCAAGCGUACCUCCUACCCACACGAGCAUUGGUCUAUUGGCUUUAGUUCUAGUUCACUUGGAAGAAAAUCCCGAACCAGCGCAUUUAACCCGAACCUCCCCUCUAUAUAAACUAUAUCAAUGCCAAGCCGAGCACUCACCCAAUUUCCCUGAAAAGUUGAAGAAAGCCCUUCGAAAAAGUCUGCACAGCGAUAAAGCGCUAAAGACGGCCGAGAAGCUUCUUUUUGCCUCAGAGGGAGGUGAUGUUAACCGCAUUUACUUGAGCACAACGCAAGCCAUCGACCUCGUCGGGGGUGGAGUGAAAGUCAAUGCGUUGCCAGAACUGGCGUGGGGCGUAAUCAAUCAUCGCAUUACCACAGACAGCUCCUUGAACGCUACUCAUUCCUCAAUAAUCGACAAGCUGAUACCCAUUGCUCGCGAGUUGCAGCUGGAUUUCGAGGCAUUCGGAUCUAGCGUUAGUACAGAGCUUGAUCCUGCUGGUCAAUUAACCCUUUCGCACUUUGGGGAUGAUGAUUUGGAACCAGCUCCAGUAUCUCCGACUGAUUCUUCCCCAUACCAACUACUUGCUGGUACGAUACGCGGGAUUUGGGAGACGGGCAGAGGAAAGUACUCUGAAGAGCCCUUCAUUGUUGCCUCGGGUAUAAUGCCUGCUAGUACCGACACAAAGCAUUUCCGGAAGUUGACUCCACACGUCUUCCGGUACAAUCACCUUGGGACAGAGGACAUGCGCCCACUUAAGAGUCAGCCACAAAAUGGAGGCAAACAUAGUGUAAAUGAAGCCAUUCGUAUCGACGGCUAUCGUGAUCAAAUCCGCUUCUUUACCCAUCUGAUCCUCAAUGCCGACGAGGCAAAUCUUUCAUUGCGAAUUUCAUAAUUUGUGUGAUCAUUGCGGCGGUGCGUUUGCCCCCGCAACUUCGAACGCGAUGCUCAUUACAUGUCUGCUGUUCGGAGAACUUUGAGUCCUGGAGGACAUGUCCAUUUGCAUGUAUCUUAGCGUGAUGUAAAUUCGAAGCUGGCAGUCUACUGUACGCACAUGUGCAUACCAUACUAUUGUCAAGGGAGUUCCGAG